CUGCGCUGCAGCUAGUCUGCGUGCGUGAGUGGGAGGCGGCGGGCCUGCGACUCUGGCCUUCCCGGCUGACUGCUCCGACGCCGCAUCCCCAGUCAUGAACCGGUUUGGCACCCGGUUGGUGGGAGCCACGGCGACCCCGCCGCCGCCGCCGAAAGCGCGAAGCAAUGAGAACCUCGACAAAAUCGAUAUGUCCCUGGAUGACAUUAUCAAACUGAAUAGAAAGGAAGGAAAGAAGCAAAAUUUUCCAAGACUAAAUAGAAGACUCCAGCAAAGUGGCACCCGGCAAUUCAGGAUGAGAGUACGGUGGGGAAUCCAGCAGAAUUCUGGUUUUGGUAAAGCUGGUGUGAGCCGUAGAGGAAGAGUACUGCCGGGAAAGAGACGCCCUUAUGGAGUGAUCACUGGCCUGGCAGCCAGGAAAGCAACUGGUAUGCGAAAGGGAAUAAGUCCUAUGAAUCGUCCACCUCUAAGUGACAAGAAUAUAGAACGAUAUUUUCCAGCAUUAAAAAGGAAGACAAGCCUUCUGAGACAAAAUGAAGUGCAGAGGAAACCAGUUGCUGUUCUCAAGAGACCUAAUCAGUUAAACAGAAAAAAUAACAUUCCAGCUAAUUUUACCAGGAGUGGAAAUAAAUUAAGUCAUCAGAAAGACACCCGUCAGGCAACCUUUCUUUUCCGAAGAGGCCUGAAGGUUCAGACCCAGUUGAACACAGAACAGCUGAUAGAUGAUGUGGUGGCAAAGAGAACACGUCAAUGGCGUACUUCCACCACAAAUGGAGGAAUUUUGACUGUAUCCAUUGACAACCCUGGAGCUGUACAGUGUCCGGUAACUCAGAAACCACGAUUAACUCGUACUGCUGUGCCCUCAUUCUUGACAAAAAGAGAACAGUCUGAUGUUAAGAAAGUUCCUAAAGGCGUCCCUCUACAGUUUGACAUAAAUAGUGUGGGAAAACAGACAGGGAUGACUUUGAAUGAACGAUUUGGGAUACUGAAAGAGCAAAGAGCCACCCUCACAUUCAGCAAAGGAGGAAGCCGCUUUGUGACUGUGGGAUAGAUCCUUGUCCAAGGAACUUUAAGUGUUGACUGUUUGAAAAGUUGAUUUGCUUGAAGAGUUCAUCAGAGAAGUUCAAGAAACUUUACUUCAGAAUAUUCACAAGCCUAAAUAACUUUAUUUUUGAAGGUUGUUUUGUUUUUUUGUUUUUUUUUUAAUGUAUAAAUAAUGCCCUGAAAGUAAAGCAGGGUUAUACCUAUCUGUUCUUAAAGAUUUCCUGGUUGGCCCAAACAGAGCGAUCCUCUGUUGACUUCUUUGAUUCCUCAUGAAGCAGAAGAAAGACAGAAAGAUAGACAUUGAUUAUUUUUCUGAGCGUGGUAUUUAGGAUUUCAUCACUUUUAUCCAGUUUUUAGGCUUUGCCAUGGUAAAUCUUAAACUUGAGAAAUAAGAGUACAUCUCUGUGUUGUUACUUACCUAUUCAUGUGUCAGUGUGACAGCUGACUUACUAUCAUUACUGGUGUUUUUUAAAUUAUGGGAGAAUUUUGGUUUUGACUUUCGAGGCUUAUGGAAAUAUUUGGAACUUGGUUCAUUUUUCAGUUAUUGUUAGAUUAAACUCCCUGAGUUCUAAGCACUUAGUAUUAAUUUUUAAUAAAAAAAAUGUGGCUCUCAGGAUUAGUCUCAGGCCAAAAUGUGUCAGGGCUGUAAAUGCUUGUUUACAAAGUUAUCUGAUAGGUCCUUGGAGGAGAUGCCUAAUACCGAACCCUGAUGGUUUGUGUUUAGUAUAGAUGGAGAAAACAUGAAGGUAUUGACAAACUGAAGGAUUGGAAAAAGGACAACAAAAACCCAAGUCAUAGCUACACCAUCUGGAUUUACUUACUUCUCUUCUGAGUCUAGUGUCCGUAGAUUCUUCUAUAAAUGAUGCUUAUAAGAAUUACAGUUCUUAAAAUGAGUUGAAUCCUUGGGUAUUUUGACAGUACACUUACUAGAUAUAAAGUCCUAUGUUUCAUAUUCAAAAGUUUUUUUGUAAGGCUUUUAGACUCGAUAAGUUCAAUAAUUUAUAACUUCCCAAACAAAAAUCUACUUGUAUAUGUCACAAAGGAAAAAAAAUAGCAAAAUUAUAAUGAAGUUGCACUUUCCUAUAUACAUUCACUCCGUUCCUUCUAUCGCUCAAAGUUCAGGCUUUAUAGGGAGAAAGGGUAUUGGGGUUUUUGUUUUGUUUUGUUUUGUUUUCUCACUCUGGAGGUCUGUUGUGCUAGUGCUGGGAGUGCUCAGAGUCAUAGGUCAUACAUUACAGUGAGAUGCCAAAAUGCAGCGGCGCGUCCCAGCCACAGAUUAUCAAGUGUGGUCAUUUUGAAGCUUGACCUUUUGUUUUGCUGUGAUUUCAAAUUUGAGUGGGUGUUUAAGUCUCUGCUGUUGAUUAUUCCUGUAAAGACAGAGCAUUAUACUUCCUGCCCGCCUUCAUUGUGUCCUAGACUUCAUUGUCUUUGAUGUUCUUCAAGUUUCUUACUGGCUUGUGCUAGUGGUGGGAAAAUCAGCAACAAUGUCAUGCUUAUACCAAAGAUCUGAAUCUUUCCUCAGCAUCUGUUAUCUGCCAGUACAUGUACUUGAGAAGAGGUUUUGGAGGCUAAUCACAGAAUUUGAAAAUAAACUCCAGUUUCUCCUUAGCUGUGAUGCUUUUCAUGGAGACCAAGGACUCAUAAAACAUUUUUGCCAAUAUGAAUAUUUAUAUUUGGUUCAUAAACAAAACAUUUUAGAGUGGUUUGCUGGUAGCUUAUUUUAAAGCAAAGGAAAAUCAACUGAGCAUGAACACUAUCUUUGAAACAGUUUUUAAAAUAUGAUAAAGUCUUUGUUCCUUGUUGUUUUAAAUAUUAUACAGAGGUAUUAGUAAUUCCAUUUUUGGAAAAUCUUAAAAAUCACCCACAUGUUGACACUAAUAAGUACAUUGAAAAAAUAGUGUCUUUGGUAUAGUAAAUGUUUGCUCUACACGUGUCUGUAAUUUAAUUUUUGUUCAAAUAUUGCCUUUGAUACAACUAAGUUAAAACUCUUGAGUGCUGACAUGUUGUAUAUACACAAAACAAUAUACUUUGUUGGAGGAUAAUUUCCUUUCUUGGAAUGUGAUUGUAGUCAUCCUUGUUCAGUUCUUGAAGCCCCGCCCCCCUUUUUUUCUUUUUCUUUUUUAAUUUAAACAGGGUGCAACUUAAAAUUUCCUUUGCAUCAAGGUGUAUGCAAAACAUUGAUGCAGUGCAUCACCAAGUGAAAGUUUGUAUUCAAUGAGGAGGUGCUUUACACUGUACUUUUUGGUGUUUUUUGGAAAAGUUACAUUAGAUUUGUUCUGAAGCUGUUCAUUUUUGGCAAAUAAAAUGUAACAGGUUUCACAUGA